CCCGAGGGAGGGCUGAGCUUCUAUAAACCCCGAGGUGCCUCGGCCAGGCGGAGGAGAAUCUGGAUUAUCUGAGCAACUGAAGAGCCUGAAUUAUAUUCUGUGUGCAUCGAUGGACUAUGCAAAGAAAUCUUUGGGUCUCCUCUCCCCCAGCUCGCUUUCCAAAUGUGUGUCGGGCAGUGCUUCCGCUCCCCGUCUCAGGCCGUAUCGGGUGAGCAACUGUGAGCGCACGCUGCGCAAAGGCAUCAUGGCCGAGAGCCUGAACGACCUGCUUGAAAAAGUACGAAGUGCCCUGCUCUUGGUGGGGACCAUCACCGUGGUCUUGGACGAAGACGGCACCAGCAUAGAAUCGGAGGAGUUUUUCCAGACGCUGGAAGAGGGCACGGUGCUGCUGGUCUUGACCGAGGGACAGACGUGGCGUCCAGCCAAGGGAAGCUCUCCGCUGGACCCUUUUCACCAUGCAAGCCACGGGUCACGUCUUGCUGGGCACCUCCUGUUACAUGCAGCAAUUGCUGGACGCUCCCGAGGAGCCGAAGGAAGAAACUUUGUCAUCGCUGCGCCCCGUUUCUGUCUCUUUCCCCGCCUCUCUCACCCGAAAGAUGCUGCGUUGAGUUUGGGGUGUGUAUGCGGAGGCGGGGGGAUAUUUUCAGCUCCGCUGCUGCUAUGGACUCUGAACCAGGGACGGUUGGCAUCGUACAUGUAGGGCACCCCCAAGGACCCCGGGGAACGGGACAGGCACCCCUCUCCACCGGCUGGUUUAGGUGGAGUGAAAAAGCACAACCACGCUCGAGACAUUUUGGCACUGUUUUAGGAUUCUGGGCACUCGUGGAUUCUCAGAAGUUGUAAUGUGCGUUUCUUCUUGUCCAGCUCUGCAGCUGGAGGGCAGAAUUGGUGCUGAGGAAGAGCAACGUUUCUCCUUUCCCUAUGCGUAUAUAUUUAUUUAUUUUUUCAACCUGUAUAGGCAAAUGUGCGGCCAGCGUGAUGCCACGUCUGCUGCUGACUUGUAUCGCACGG